AUGGCUGAGAAAGACUUAGACAGGAAAGCCUCGUUCGAUCAUGUUGAGGAAGUUGAUCAAGACCUCAAGGAGCUCGAGGCUCAAAAGACCAAACAACAUGGUGAUGCAGCUUUGGAUAUCAUCGGGGACGAGAGAGUGAUCGUCACACAAGAGGAUAACGAUAGAAUUCGAAGGAAGACCGAUAAACAAAUCUUGACCAUCUUGAUUUGGGUUUAUCUAUUACAGAUUCUUGAUAAACUUGUCAUGGGGUACGGAAACGUUUUCGGUCUCUCAGAGGACAACCAUCUGGUUGAUAACCAAUAUUCAGUUGCGGUAACGAUGAAUAACAUUGCUCAACUCGCUUGGCAACCUUUCUCCACCUAUCUCAUUGUCAGAGUUCCGGCCAGAAUUUUGAUGCCAUGCUUUAUCUUUGGGUGGGGUACCGCACAAGCAUGUAUGGCGGCUUCUUCGAGUUUCGGUGGUCUCGCUGCCACUCGUUUCCUUCUCGGUCUCUUCGAAGCAGGUUGUCUACCUUUGUUCUCAAUCAUGACAGCUCAAUGGUAUCGACGAUCCGAACAACCUAUCAGGGUAGCAGCAUGGUACUCUACGAACGGUAUCGCCCAAUGUGUAGCAGCAUUAAUGUCAUUCGGAUUGGGUAAAAUCAACUCUGAUAAGAUCGCUUCAUGGCAAUUGAUCUUUAUCGUGGUUGGAAGUAUCACAGUCUUAACUGCACCCAUAGUCUACUGGAGGAUCGAUUCCGAUAUUGCCCAUGCGAGAUUCUUGUCUCCUGAAGAUAAAACCAAAGCGAUCGAAAGAUUGAGAGCCAACCAGACUGGUACUGGUACGAAUGAAUUCAAAUGGGCCCAUAUCUGGGAAUUGGCCUAUGAUCCCAAAACUUAUCUCUUCGGUGGUUUGGCUCUCUGUCUGAAUUUCGGUGCGACGGUGACUACAAGUUUCGGACCCACCCUAAUCAAGAAUAUGGGAUAUGACAAGUUCAUUACCGCACUUCUCAAUAUGCCUUUCGGUGCCCUCCAGUUCUUGACUAUCAUGGCCGCUUCUUACGCUACUCAGAAGUUCAAGCUUAAGGGCCCAGUCCUCGCGGCUUUUAUGGCACCUGUGUUGGUCGGGUUAGCAAUGUUAUACCAUGCCAAUCGACAAUCCGUGGUCAAUCAGAAAGUUUCCUUGGCAGGUUAUUACCUGAUGGCUUUCCUCUUUGGUGGGAAUCCAAUUAUCGUCAGUUGGAUGGUAGCCAAUACAGCCGGUCAAACUAAGAAGAGUGCAAUCCUUGCUGCGUACAAUGCCUUCAACGCUACUGGUAGUAUCAUAGGUCCUCUUCUGUUCAACUCGAGAGACAAGCCAAGAUAUCUUCCAGGUCUUCGAGCUACUCUGGGUGUUUUCGCGGCGAUGUUAGGUCUGAUCGGACUCUGUAUGGGAUUGAUCUUCCUCCUAAACAAACAACGAGAAAGACAAAGAGUAGCUGUUGGUAAACCAGCCAAGAUCAAGGAUACAAGUAUGCUUACCAAGUACGAGGCAUAUGGUAACGAAGGUGGUGUCGGUGAGAAUGCUUUGAAGGAUAUGACGGACUUCAAGAACAACGAGUUUGUAUAUUUAUACUAG